AUGCGUUUGCUGCACCACCCCAGCCUCCACCUUUCUUUUUCCAAAGAUUCUGCAGCCUAUAUUGAUAGCACGCUGGACGACAUUUACGUCCGCUGCUCGCUUCUUCCUUCUAUUUUCAAACCGUUCAUCCGUGCAACCGAAAAGCUGGAGCUGCCAUCGAUCUCGCAGGUCCAUACCCGCGGUCCUGCCGACAUUCCCUGGUACAAUCAUCACGCCGCCGAACGACCGUUAUUGCCCGGCGACAAACUCCCGGCUCUCAGCCUGCCGACAGCCCCUCAGGGCUUCUCCCGGACCGCCUACCACGAUCCAUCCGGGAGCAACUCUACCAACUCCAGCGCUCGGACGAGUCUGUCUGGUGCCUCUGUGCCUGUCAACGAGCCUAGGAGUCCCCCGUCCUCUGCGGACUUGCCUGGGACCCAGGCCCGGCUUUCGUUAGAUUCUUCCGCUCCAAGUGAAUACAGUAUCCCGCCCUCAGUCAACGAAGGGUAUUAUCCGAGUCCAACCUCUCUCGGCAGCAUGAAUCAGACCCAGCCGUAUAUGGAUGUCCACUCGCACAUGUCUUCUGCGCAGUCAUACCCCCCUCAAGGCGCUACCGCAGGUGCAAUGUCCCACUACCAGUACCCCGGGCAACCACCUGUGAUGCAGCCCGCAUCUUCUUACACCCCGGCUGGUUAUCCGCAGUAUGGAUACGCCCCUGGCAUUACUUCACCCGCAACAGGACAUCCACCAAGCUCAAUGGGUGGCCAAAUGCCGGCUCAGUUGCUGCCGUUGCCUGGUAAGAUCCAUAGCCAGAAUGUGAUCGAUGAUUAUUCUGAUCGUUAUCAAGUAAGCAACCACGCCGUGGCCCCUCCGAGUGGGUAUGGGAACAAUACCGGUGCUCCGCUACAAGGGUUCGUCUUUGACGGUACCGGUCAGGUCGCUCCUCCGGGAGCGAAACCACGAGUGACAGCCACAUUGUGGGAAGACGAGGGGAGCCUUUGUUACCAGGUGGAAGCGAAGGGAGUGUGUGUAGCUCGGCGAGAGGACAACCACAUGAUCAAUGGUACAAAGCUGCUAAAUGUAGCUGGUAUGACCCGCGGCCGACGUGAUGGAAUUCUCAAAAGUGAAAAGCUCCGCCAUGUUGUGAAAAUUGGACCGAUGCACUUAAAAGGUGUCUGGAUCCCAUUUGAGCGGGCUCUUGAAUUUGCCAACAAGGAGAAGAUCACCGACCUCUUGUACCCACUCUUUGUGCAUAAUAUCGGUGGUCUUCUAUACCACCCGGCCAACCAGACACGGACAAACAUUAUUGUGCAAGAGUCCCAGGAGCGACGUCUGGAAGGCCGUCCCUCCGGUCCCCAGCGCACACCAUCUGGCUCUCAGCAACCUCCGAUUCAUCAUCACCAUCCCUCUCUUCAGACGCCCAUGUCCUCUCACGUGUCACAGGGUUCAAUAAGCGGCCAGCCUGGCUCCAGACCAGGCCUCGAGCGCGCCAAUACAUUUCCUACACCACCAGCCAGCGCAUCCAGCCUUGUGGGCACCAUCCAUCUAGGCAGUACAUAUGAAUGGGGCGUACCAGUGCCCCACACACAGCCCUUGUCCAUCGACACAACACUGAGUAAUCAGCGGUCAAUGCCAACCACCCCCGCAACCACCCCGCCGGGUAACAACAUGCACGGCUUGCCAGCCUACCCAAGCCACGGCUAUGACAGCACCAAGCCCUAUUAUUCCGCGGCACCGCAAACGCACGCCCAGUACGUGCCACACACCCCUUUGACGAGCUCGGGGAUCACCAGCUACGGCCAAGCCCUGCCCGGUGGAUACAUGAAAAACGACAUGGCGCCACCAAACCCACGCCCCGGCGCCGCGGAGCCCGAGUCCUCCGAGCGCGACCCAAACCGCUACAGCCAGAGCAGUGGGCCUGGCGAGACCGUCCCCGAGCACGAGCAGGAGUACAUGCCCGACCAUAACACCGGCUACAACUCUAACCGCGGCUCCUACACCUUUAGCACAAACCCCUCCGUUAGCUCUUUGACCGGCGAGCAUUCUCAGCUCACCCCGGAAAUGACAAGCUCUCCCAGCCAGCAAAACGGCUCCGGUCGCAUGACUCCUCGCACGGGCUCCGGUCCCCCGCACUGGGCUUCGGGGUAUAAUACCCCUCCUCGUCCCGCCGCCGCCGCUACCCUGUACAACGCUGUCAGCGAUACACGCGGUACACCGGCAACCGGAGCUUCGGACCCAUACUCCAUGGCCUCGACCACGCCCCCUGUCUAUACGACUGGAAAUGGCUUGUUGAGUGCGGGCAGCAAGCGCAUGCGUGAUGACGACGAUAUCCGCCCCGAGAGUACCGUGGAGUACGAGACGUCAAAGCGUCGUAAGACAAUCACCGAUGCUACCCUCGGUGGUCCGGUCGGUGGCCCGCCUAUUCUUCAGCCGAUGAAGCCUAGCGUGGUCGUAGCUCGCCAUCGGUGA